ACGCGCAAAGCAUCCUGCCUAUAGGAUUUGAGGCUUUCUCAGUGCAGGCUUUUUCCUACCACUUUGAACCUUCAGGUUCUAAAUAUCAAGGAAGACAGGAAAUGCCGUGUGAAAAUAGCAGGCCAAAAGUUGUUAGUACACUGCAGCCAGGGAGACUCAGGCUAGCAUGGAGGUAGAAAGAGUUGAUGGAGGAUGGGUUUAAUUCUAAGCCUGUCUGGGGGCUCAGUUUUUCUUGUUUUAUUGCCAAUUUUCUGCAUUUAGAGAUGGUCUGCCUUGGUCAUGUGACAGCCAGAGCAGCACCAGCAUCAAAACAGUGACAGACAGUUCUGAAUGCCAGAGUAUAUGUGUACUCAGAGUAUUUUUAUUCAAGAAGAUGAAGUGCCCAGCAUAGAUUUUAUUCUCAUUUUCAAUUGAAAUAUUUCAAUUUCACUUGCAAAAGCAAAAGUUGAGAAACAGCAUCUAAGGGCACUUUUUAGGGGGAAAAUUCUAGAGGAUGGCUCUGAAUGAUUGUUUUCUUCUGAACUUGGAAGUGGAACAUUUCGUACACUGCAACAUCUCCAAUCACAGUGUGGAUCUCCCCAUGAACGACGACUGGUUCCACCCGGGAAUCCUGUAUGUCAUCCCUGCAAUUUAUGGGGUCAUCAUUCUGAUAGGCCUCGUGGGCAACAUCACCCUGAUCAAGAUCUUCUGUACCGUGAAGUCCAUGCGGAAUGUGCCCAACCUCUUCAUUUCCAGCCUGGCUUUGGGAGACCUGCUCCUCCUGGUAACCUGUGCCCCCGUGGAUGCCAGCAGGUACCUGGCCGACAGAUGGCUGUUUGGCAGGGUUGGCUGCAAGCUGAUCCCCUUUAUCCAGCUGACCUCGGUGGGGGUGUCUGUCUUCACGCUCACGGCCCUCUCAGCAGACAGGUACAAAGCCAUCGUCCGGCCAAUGGAUAUACAGGCUUCUCACACCCUGUUGAAGAUCUGCCUCAAAGCCGCGUUGAUCUGGGUCAUCUCCAUGCUUCUGGCCAUUCCAGAGGCUGUGUUUUCUGAUCUGCAUCCCUUCCAUGAGGAAAGUACCAACCAGACCUUCAUUAGCUGUGCUCCAUAUCCCCACUCGAAUGAGCUGCACCCCAAAAUCCACUCCAUGGCUUCCUUCCUCGUCUUCUACAUCAUCCCACUGUCAAUCAUCUCUGUCUACUACUACUUCAUUGCCAAAAAUUUGAUCCAGAGUGCUUACAAUCUGCCUGUGGAAGGGAAUACACACGUCAAGAAGCAGAUCGAAUCCCGGAAGCGUCUUGCCAAGACAGUGCUGGUGUUCGUGGGCCUCUUCGCCUUCUGCUGGCUCCCCAACCACAUCAUCUACCUGUACCGCUCCUACCACUACUCCGAGGUGGACACCUCCAUGCUCCACUUCAUCACCAGCAUCUGUGCCCGCCUCCUGGCCUUCACCAACUCCUGUGUGAACCCUUUUGCCCUCUACCUGCUGAGCAAGACUUUCCGGAAACAGUUCCACACUCAGCUGCUCUGCUGCCGGCCCGGCCUGAUGACCCGGUCUCACGGCACUGGCAGAAGUACCACCUGCAUGACCUCCUUCAAGACCACCAGCCCCUCUGUGGCCACCUUCAGCCUCAUCAACGGAAACGUUUGUCAUGAGGGAUAUGUCUAGGCUGACCCUUGACCCUGCCCCCCUAGAGGCCCCUGGUUUUGCCUUGUGGCUAGUAAGGAACCUUUACAUCUGCUGUUGUCUCUGUACCCUCCAAAGACCAUUUGGAAGGCUUGAGAGGAGUGUAGACACGGUGGGCAGAGACCCAGAUGGAUCCCUAGUGUGUCUGAAGGGCCCUUCAAGGCUUAUAUUUUCCAUUUCAACUUGUGAGUGUUUCUUCUGAUGUACGGCAAACUUUCCCUUUUUUAGAAAAGGGAACAAAUAAAUUAUUAUUUUAAGCAUCAAGCCCUGAUACAGAGAUGUGGCCAAUUAAGUCAUAGAAACCAUAUGGACAACCAGAUUUAUAUAGCAAAGAAGUUAUAACUUGAACGUCUACUUUGUGAAAGACUUCAUCUUGUUGUUAUUUAAGCAGUGGCUAGUGCUUAAGAAAUACCAUUUGAGUCAUUUUUCAGAAAUAUUUAUAAUCCCAAACCAAGGAACUGUUUUUUACACAGGUAACCCGAAAACUCAACCCUGUGUAUGCGGGAUGGUCCCAAAUGGAUAACACGGGAGGCCAGUUUAAAACAAAUCCCUGAGUGUUGCUUGUUUUUGAAAAACUUUACUGAGGAUAUUGGAGAAACACUUGACCCAUCAUUUUAAGGCGAAAACAUGACCAAACCCACAGACACAUAUAGAAAGACCCUUGUGCGGCAAUGGGGUGUUAUCUCACACUGAAUUCUCACUCGAUGGAGGUCCUUUUUGCUGUCAUCCAAUUUUAACUGUCUGUGGCACAGCUCUCCUAUGGAAGAGAAUCCUUUUAGCAGAAAAUUGAUCAUGUCAUCAAUCCAGCAAACAUUUAUAAGGGUAUAAAGCAUAGUAUUUAUUUUUGGUAUACAAGUUUUCACCCAGAUGUAUUUGCUUAGAUCGGGCUGGUCCUUGUCUGCUACACUGAAGCAGUAAUUUCAUGGGAGAAAAAAGGGAUCCCACCUCGGUGGAAAUAGCAACAUAUUUACAUUUAUCACUAGCUUCACCUAAAGUCUGUGGGAGGAAAUGAAUAAGACUUCAGUAACGUGCAUUUCUGUUUGAAUAUGUACAAAUUGCAGGGGGCUUAGCUUUAAGAACUGAUUUUAAACAGCUACACAUACACUGAUUCUACUUCAGAAGAGUACUUCUGAAACAGCCCAUGUGCAGAAAAAUACUGGACGGAAAUCUUUUUCUUUUUCUAAGUGAGUGAAAGGAUUUGACUAUCUUACUUUAGAAAUCCUGUAUCAAGUUUUUCUUGACUCAAGGACAGACCAGUUCUGAGAGACUGCAAACCUGUUCACCCAUUUUCAGAUAAAUCCCAAUCCUGCUAAUGUGCUCUAAUGUAUGUCCCUUACAUCCUAUGGCAAUUUUAGUUUUGAUUUUUAUUCUGUCCAGGUGAGAAAAAAUAGUCAGCUCUCUUUUCCACACGCACACAUAAAAAGAUUUUUGUCUCUUGAUAUGAGGAGGUGCUCACUGUUGGCAGAGCUCUAGGAGUUAAGACCAAGGCAGUUGUAAAGAUCUGUGUUUGUAAUUGUGUGAGCUGGAAUGAAACCUCUUCACUUCUGUCUGCUACAUGCACAUGCACUCCCGCACUGUACACCACUGCUUUCCUGGUGGUCUGUAAU